GAAGACGACAGAGCGCUUCCCGAAAAUGUCUGAGUACGCCACCGUUCAGAAGAGUGCCCUGAAAAUAAAAGGUGUUGGGAGCAUUUCAGCUGGAAAAAAGAAGAAGAAGAAGGAUAAAGAGAGUAAGCAUCGUCUGGAGCAGGUCGCGACCAGUCAGAAUGAUGAGGAGGUGAACACCAAGAAAGCAUAUGUUGACAAAAGAACACCGGCACAACUUGCCUUUGACAAGAUGCAAGAGAAGAGGCAAAUGGAGAGGAUCUUGAACAAAGCAUCAAAGACACACAAACACAGAGUCGAGGAUUUCAAUCGUCACCUUGACACCCUGACAGAACAUUAUGAUAUCCCCAAGGUCAGCUGGACCAAAUAGAAGAGGAGCGAAUGGUCAUUUUGUUGUUGUUUUUUUAUUUUUCAUCACUUGUACAAAAGUCUUGCACAUUACGUUUUUGCUUGCUUAAUUUUACGUAUUUUGAGUGACAUUUCUUUAGCAUUCAGUCAUUAUUAUGUUUGAAUUUCUGGUGUAUACAAUAAAAGAUUUGAGUUAACAAGUUA